CUUGAGUGUGACUUCAGUCCAGGAGAGACCAUGUCCGCCGUCAUAGGCAAACUGUGCUCACCUCUGCUCUCAUUCAAAACUAAUUCUCCAUGAAAUAACAGUAACGCGGGGCCUCAAGGAUGGCCAACUCGGGUGCUGUUCAGGUGAAACUAGAACUUGGUCACCGUGCCCAGGUCAGAAAGAAACCCACUGUGGAAGGCUUCACCCACGACUGGAUGGUGUUUGUCCGAGGACCAGAGCACAGCAACAUCCAGCACUUUGUGGAGAAAGUAGUUUUUCACCUGCACGAAAGCUUCCCCAAACCAAAAAGAGUGUGUAAGGAUCCACCGUACAAAGUGGAGGAGUCUGGAUACGCAGGCUUUAUCUUGCCCAUUGAAGUCUACUUCAAAAACAAGGAAGAACCGAAGAAAGUUCGCUUUGAUUACGACCUGUUCCUCCACCUGGAGGGCCACCCGCCUGUCAAUCACCUCCGCUGUGAGAAGCUCACCUUCAACAACCCGACAGAGGAGUUUCGUAGGAAGCUGCUGAAAGCCGGAGGGCAACGGGAUCCUCACAAACGAAGUACAGAAGACUCAAAAGUGAUGGUAAUGCAGGAGGGCUCCACCUCCCUGUUCGGCCAGCACCUGAAGCUGCCCACGCUUCCUAACAGCUCGCUGACAUCCUCCUUCUCCGACCCAAAGAAGAGCAAAAGCUUCCAUGGGUCAAAGGAUGGCUCCAAAGGAAGCGGCACUACCCUGCUCACCACCGCCACAACCACCAGCACCAACAGCAGCAGCUUCUCCAAACUCCACAAACCCUCCAAGGACCAUAAAGACAAGCCUCCAAAAGACUUGAAAGAGCCCAAAAGUGCCUUCAGAGACUCUGGCUGGGAACCCAGCAAAGCCCCCAAAGAACCUUCCAGGAAACCCAAAGAGAACCAGCCACUUAGAGAUAUCAAUCCUAAGAUGGGCUUCAAGGAACCCAAGUCUUUGUCCAAGGAGCAUCGGACUGAGGGAAUGAACCACGGGUCCGGACUAAACAAGCGUCUGUCCACCCCCGACGGUGAUGAUCACCUGACCAAAAAACGUAAAAAGGGAUUUCUGGAUUCAUCAGGGAAACAGACGUCAGGGUUAGACGCCCAACAUUUGGAUAAGAAACUCUUGAAGGACAGAUCGCAGAUGCGGACAAGUAAAUCACGGCCAGACGGUGAUGAGGUGGAGCGCAGGAAGGUGUCAACACUUCCUCCAUUCCAGGACCUGGUGGACCCCAAUGACUCUGAUAUGGAGGACCAGUCUACCAAAUCGGAUUCCGAACAGCCCAGUCCAGCCAGUUCCAGCUCCAGUUCAGGCUUUGCUCCCACACACCACAAACGACAAGUGGUGGACUUCAUCAUCAGGAAAAGGGUGGCUAUUCCUGCCACCACCCACACAGUGCUGGGCCCGCUGCAGUCAGUCAUGCAGGAUCUGCACUCAGACGACAACGAUGAAGAUUCAGAGGAUGACGAUGACAAUGACAUGGACUCUGACGUGGAGCGACCUGCACACACACACCUUACACACCAUCAACGCAGGGUCAGUCUGAGUGAUGGCAGUGAGAGUGACAGCUCCUCACCCUCACCCCCACCCCGCAACGACGCCCCACCCUUACUUAAGACUACUAAUAACCAGAUACUGGAAGUGAAGAGUCCCACCAAGCAGAGCAAGCAGGACAAGAACAAAAACCUAGAUUGUGACAAGGCUUACCUGGACGAGCUGGUGGAACUGCACAAGAGACUGAUGACACUAAGAGAAGGUCAUAUACUGCAACAGAUUGUGAACCUGAUUGAAGAGACGGGACACUUCCACAUCACAAACACUACUUUUGACUUCGACCUUUGCUCCUUGGACAGAAGUACAGUCAGAAAACUCCAGAGUUACCUGGAAACCUCCGGACUGUCCUGAGGCUCUGAGCAGCUGGCUGCUGGAUCUCGUCUCCACACAGACUUUUGAUUUUUCUUGAAUACAAACUCCCACCUUUGGAUGCAAUGCAAAAGCCCCCCCCGCCCCCCUCCUCCCCCACUGUGGCUGGGUCCAGUUGCUGUGUGUCCAGCCUGCUGGUUGGACUGGGCUUUCUGAAUGAAGAGGCGGUCCCACUACAGAAACCAGAGCCAGGUGUUGUGAGGGGUGAGCCCUGUCGAUCAGGAGAUCACCCGGAAAGCCUUGAAGACUUCACUUGAUUUAUAGGAUUAAAGUGGAGAGUGGCGACCUUGUUGCUCUUAAUGAAUGUGCAUAUUGUUACCAUGUAUGUUUCUUGAUUUGUUGUUCAUUGUGACAAAUGCAUGGUCAACAUUGCCUUACAACAUUGUAAGUCUUAUUUAUUGAAUUUAAUUUGCAGGUGUGCGUGUGUGUGCGUGUGUGCGUGCGUGCGUGCGUGUGUGUGUGUGUGUGUGAGUGAUUGAAAUGGCAAAAAAAGAAAAACAGCAGAAUGAGACUUUGUUGAAGCACUUCACAACAGGCGUAUCUUUGAAUCCUACGACACUCUUUAUGUCGCUGACUUGAACUGAAGUUGAAUGUCAUACUGAAUCAUUACAAUGGGAACAAAACACUGCCACAGAAGGUGUGAAUGUGAUGCUGAUAGAUUUCUAUUACAAAUCAUAAAAGACAUGCUACAUGUGUGCGACACUGUUGGAAAUGUGUAAUCUGUUUUGUUUUAGGAAAUGCUAUUCACAUUGUGCAAAAACUACUUUCAGCAGCCUCGCAGAAGCACUCCUAAAUCUUGCGAGGUCAGUUUUUGUGUGGAUCCAGCCAGACGCAAAGGGUAGUGGUUUAGAUAACCACAAGCAAGUGCUGUAUUUUCAAAAUAAAAUGGGGUUUGGACUGGAUUGGGUCAAAUCCCGAUCCAAUUGUAACCUUGUCUUUUGAAAGGGAAACUGUGGUUUUUGGUUCUGACUGGCUGAAGUCUUUCCAGUCAUUUGCAGACAGGUUUUAGCCGUAGAAAACAUCCACGAUGCAAGCAGAUACCACAAGAUGAAGGUUGUGUUUGUUGGCUGCAUUUUGCGAGAUAAUAGAAAAAGUGUUCAGUGCGGUUUAGAAACCGCAUCAAUAAAGAGGUGCUCACACACACACUUACCAGGAACCACACAUUUAUUUAAAGGGCCAGUGUUAGAAGAUAAUGAUUCAAUUGGAAUGUCAAAACAGUACAUGUGUCUGGCCCGUGGACAAAGUCGCACAAUUUCAAACAUCUCUCCUCAAAGACAUUCAGGGUCCAAAAUUAACUUUUUGGCUCAUCUAAUGGCAGGUAAACAGAGAAAAUUAACCAGCCAUUUAUGCAUUAUUUAAAGGACCAGUGUGUAGUAUUUAGUACCAUCUAGUAGUGAAGUUAAAAUUCCCUUGAUUCGCCGUCCCCUUCGGAGCGGUGGACACAAAAAUCUAGUCAUUGUUUGGUUUGUCCGUUCUGGGCUGGGUGGUUUAACAUGGCGGACUCCGCCAAAAGAGAACCCACUCCCUCUAUAGAUAAAAACAGCUUAUUCUAAGGUGACAAAAACACAAUGAUUCUUAUUUUCUAGUGAUUAUACACUAAUGAAAUUACCUAUGAAUAUUCUAUUCCAUUUCUGCCAAUAGAUCCUCCUAAAUGUUACACACUGGACCUUUAACAAAAACCUUUACUUAUUUUAGCCAGAAUCUCAGGGCUGCUGUUUCUACUGCCUCCAGGACUUUUCUCUUCUGUCUCUUUGUCGUCAUGUUUUCUUUUUUGUGGCUUAUCAGUGGGAAUGUGUUGCCAUAUCUCUAAGAAUAUGUAAUGCAUAUUAUGCAAGAACAUAGUGGACAGUGAGGGUUGCAUUAGUCUCAGCACGGUGAUGUGAACUCUGUGAUUGCAAAUUAUUUAUCAGCCACUGAGCCCAAUUUAUUUUUCCACCAAACCCAAAAUUAACCCACAUUUGGCACUUGCUUAGUGUUAAUUUUGGACCCUGAAGACUCAGUUGUACACAAACCCUGCUGUUCACCUUCACACCUCCACACACCUGGCCAAUACUAAAUGGCUAAAUACAUAAAGUGUCUGUGAUUGUCGGAUUGUCUGAAAUAUUGUUUUAGAUCUCUUAGACAAUCCAAAAGGCAUGUUGUUAGAAGCCUAAUGAGGCCUUCGGUGUGCAGACAUUACUCUAGCUUUGCAAGACUGCAUCUGUUUGAGCUACAAAUAGCAAUUCUCCAGUGACUACUUAAAGCCCAUAUGUGCAGAAUUUUAAAAUAUUCAGUUUUGCUGCCCCCAGUGGUGAAAUAAAGACAGUAGGGAAGACCGCAAAGAAAGUCAUUAUCUCCCUUCCUCCACCUCAUGAAUCUGACCAACUGUAACAAUUUUACAAAACAAACUAGAAAUAUCCUCUUGCAAAAAAUUAAAAAAGGUGAGUAUCACAACAUAAAAAUUCUACAUAAAGUGGCUUUAAAUCCCCACAUUUUGCUUUUGUCCUCUUAAAGAAAGCUCAUGUUAAAAGCUACAGUAGGUAACUUUUAUAAAAAUAACUUUUAGUUAUAUUUACUGAAACUUUCAUCAUAUCCUGACAGUUGUACAUGAGACAGAUAAUCACUAGGAGGAGCCAGUUCAUGUAGUACUGUCAGGGUAUAGUGAAAGUUUCAGCAAAUAUGACAAACAUUUUUCAAAAAAUUACAUACUGCAGCUUUAACAUGACUUGCAAACUCAUCAGACUGAUACAUCUGUAUUCCACAUGCAUUAAGACUUUAAAUGACCCUGCGCACACACAGAUAGGUGAAGCAUCAUUUGGCAGUUUUUUAUUCCCAUAUUCUCACACUGUAAAAAGUAAGACAUAGGCGACUGCUGGAGUGAGCUGAGCACAAAUCACUAAGUUCUAACGAUACAAUCAAAAAAUACAUUUUUAUUUUUAUUUUUUUAUCACUUCCAGGAAUAGUGUGCCACAGCAGGUCCUGCCAGCCUGCUCAUUGGCUACGACCUAAUGAAAGCUUUGUUGUGUCUGCUCAUUUUCUGCUACAGGGCCAACGGAACAUGCCAAAAGCAUAGUUAAUAGAUUCAGCUGGUUUAGGAUACUACAAAUGUAAGUCUACAGAAUAUGAUAAGGACGGUGUUGUGUCUUUGCCAUCGGGGACAUGGAUUUGUAGGAGAGGGGGACAACCAACUCCCUUUACAAUGUCAGGAAGGAGACUGUUCUGCAAUUCUGAAAUGUGUGAAAUGUUUUUGAGUAAAUUUAACACAAAAAACAAAGCCAAUAGGAAUUUUGGCUGACCGGUACUGUUAUGGGUGUUAGAAAAAAGAAAAAAAAAAAGUUAUUUUAUUUAUUUUGUGGGAAUUUAAGUUGUUAAAUCAAAGCUAAGCAUCCAUUUUCAAAGGGCCUUUGUUUGAUUUGUAUCAGGAUGGUGAACCGUGGUGGUCCUUUCCAAAUGACCUUAAAGGGGUUUUCUUACCCUCCGUUUUGUCUUAUGGUUUCCUGUGUAUUUUGAGGACAUACAAUAAAUAUUCUGUAUGAUGUACAGAUGAGUUAUUAAAUACCUUGUGAAUGAG